AUGAUGAAGAUCUUCUUCGCCGUUUUCAUAACUAUUCUCCUACCGAUGAUGAGUGAUGCUCGUUGUAGCUAUGGUUGCUCCUGUUCUGAUGAUAGUCCAUGUGAAAAUUACUGUGAAAAUAAUAUAUGUCAAAAUGCAAUUCCGCUAGGGCAAAAGUGCUCAAGCUAUUAUUUUCAUCCUCGACAAUGUGGAAUUGUUUCAUAUUGCGAUCCCGAUUCAGACUAUACUUGUCAAUUACAAAAGAAUUAUGGUGCGUCUUGUACAUAUGAUUAUUCAUGUUUGUCUGGCAAUUGUGAUUACGCAUCAAAGACAUGUCAAUCUAAAUCAUUCAAUUUUUUAUAUCCAAUUGUUAUACCAGCUGUAGCAGUCUUCUUUAUUAUCAUAAUCAUUAUUAUUUCGGUUAGUAUACGUCGACAAAGAAUGCGGGCAUUAGCACUUUAUCGAGCUCCCUAUGUGGUUCUACCAGCAGGUACUCCAUAUUCGUAUCAAAAUCCUUAUAUGGUUGCAGAAGUUCCACCACCAGCUUAUCCAGGUGCUACACCAGCACCAAAACCGUAUCAAAGUGCAUAA